GCUGCAACUUUCUUCCGGUAAAGGAAACAACAACGUUGCUGAGAAGAUGGCAGAGAUCGGGGAAGACGAGCUUAAAAAGCUCGAAUAUUUGUCUUUGGUGUCUAAAGUUUGUACUGAGCUUGACAACCAUUUAGGAAUCAACGAUAAGGACCUUGCUGAGUUUGUUAUCAGUCUUGCUGAGAAAAACCCAACCAUUGAUGGAUUUAAGUCAGUGCUGCAUAAAAAUGGAGCCGAUUUCACAGAUUCACUCGUCAGCAAUUUGCUUCGUCUCAUUCAAACCAUGCGUCCUCCUGCAAAAGUAUCUACCAGUAAAGCCUCUCAUGCUGUGGCUAAGCCAAAGAGUGAAAAGGACAAGCUGAAAGAGCUGUUUCCAGCUUUGUGCAGACCCGACAAUCCUUGUACUAGGAAUAUGCUGGAUGAGGAUGAUGUGAAAGUUGCUGCUGAUGCCAUGAAAGAGUUGGAGAUGUUUAUGCCCAGUGUUAGCGGUACAGAACCUAGCAGCAGUAAACACAGAUCUGAAACCGGCAACAGCAGUAAAAAGAAGCGGAGGAGCAGAAGUCGGAGCAGAGACAGAGAUAGAGACAGAGAUAGAGAUAGGGACAGGGAUAGGGAUAGGGAAAGAGACAGAGACAGACGGAGACGCCAUCGCUCUCGCUCCCGUUCCAGAUCUCGAUCUAAUGAGCGAGACCGAAGGAAGCGCAGAAGCCGCUGGCACUCUCGCAGCAGGUCCAGGAGUCCUGCCCGUGGAGACAAAGACAAAGGUUCAGACCGCUGGAAGGACAAACAUGUGGACCGGCCCCCUCCAGAGGAACCGUCCGUGGGGGAUAUCUACAAUGGCAAAGUCACCAGUAUUAUGCAGUUUGGCUGCUUUGUACAGUUGGAAGGCCUCAGGAAACGUUGGGAAGGCUUGGUCCAUAUUUCUGAGUUAAGGAGAGAGGGUCGAGUAGCAAAUGUGGCAGAUGUGGUCAGCAAAGGUCAAAGGGUCAAAGUCAAGGUGUUGUCCUUCACUGGAUCCAAAACAAGUCUGAGUAUGAAGGAUGUUGACCAGGAUACUGGUGAAGACUUGAACCCUAACAGGAGGAGAAAUGUGGGCGGAGAAGGUCAGGAAGAGUCCACAAUGAGGAAUCCUGAUAGACCUACAAACCUGAACCUGGGGCACGCUCCAGAGGUAGAGGAUGACACACUGGAACGCAAAAGACUCACCAAGAUCUCUGAUCCAGAGAAGUGGGAAAUUAAACAGAUGAUUGCUGCCAAUGUGUUGUCUAAAGAGGAAUUCCCAGACUUUGAUGAAGAGACGGGAAUUUUGCCUAAAGUAGAUGAUGAAGAAGAUGAGGACUUGGAGAUUGAGCUGGUGGAAGAGGAACCUCCAUUCCUCAGGGGACAUACCAAACAGAGCAUGGACAUGAGUCCUGUCAAGAUUGUCAAGAACCCAGAUGGAUCUCUCUCCCAAGCAGCCAUGAUGCAGAGCGCCCUGGCCAAAGAGCGACGGGAAGUGAAACAGGCCCAACGGGAGGCUGAAAUGGACUCAAUCCCAAUGGGCCUUAACAAACAUUGGGUGGACCCCCUUCCUGACGCCGACGGCAGGCAGAUAGCUGCCAACAUGAGGGGCAUAGGUAUGAUGCCCAACGACAUCCCAGAAUGGAAGAAACACGCUUUUGGUGGCAACAAGGCCUCCUAUGGGAAAAAGACUCAACUAUCCAUCCUAGAGCAAAGAGAGAGUCUUCCUAUCUAUAAGCUGAAAGAGCAGCUCAUUCAGGCUGUCCAUGACAACCAGAUCCUAAUUGUGAUCGGUGAGACGGGCUCAGGAAAGACCACUCAGAUCACUCAGUACCUAGCUGAGGCUGGAUACACCACACGGGGGAAGAUCGGGUGCACACAACCCAGAAGAGUGGCAGCCAUGUCUGUGGCUAAAAGAGUGUCAGAGGAGUACGGUUGUUGUUUGGGUCAAGAGGUUGGCUACACCAUCCGUUUUGAGGACUGCACAAGUCCUGAGACUGUCAUCAAGUACAUGACGGACGGUAUGCUGUUAAGAGAGUGUCUUAUUGACCCUGAUUUGGGCCAGUAUGCCAUCAUUAUGUUGGAUGAGGCCCACGAGAGAACCAUUCACACAGAUGUGCUCUUUGGCCUGCUCAAGAAGACUGUACAGAAGCGAACUGACAUGAAGCUCAUCGUGACAUCUGCUACGCUGGACGCUGUGAAAUUCUCACAGUAUUUUUAUGAGGCACCUAUUUUUACUAUCCCUGGCCGUACAUAUCCAGUGGAGGUUUUGUACACUAAAGAACCUGAGACUGACUAUCUGGAUGCCAGUCUGAUUACAGUAAUGCAGAUUCACCUCACUGAGCCGCCAGGUGACAUCUUGGUGUUUCUGACGGGUCAAGAGGAGAUUGACACUGCCUGCGAGAUCCUAUAUGAACGAAUGAAAUCCCUCGGUCCUGAUGUCCCAGAGCUGAUCAUCCUCCCAGUCUACUCUGCCCUGCCCAGUGAAAUGCAGACCAGGAUCUUUGACCCAGCACCACCUGGAAGUAGAAAGGUGGUCAUUGCUACUAACAUUGCAGAAACGUCUUUGACAAUUGAUGGGAUCUACUAUGUGGUGGAUCCAGGUUUUGUCAAGCAGAAGGUUUAUAACUCCAAAACCGGCAUUGAUCAGCUAGUUGUUACUCCCAUCUCCCAGGCCCAGGCUAAGCAGCGAGCAGGCAGAGCUGGUAGAACAGGCCCUGGGAAGUGCUACAGACUCUACACAGAACGUGCCUACAGAGAUGAGAUGCUCACCACCAACGUACCUGAGAUUCAAAGAACUAACUUGGCCAGCACUGUACUGUCUCUAAAGGCAAUGGGCAUCAAUGACCUGUUGUCAUUUGAUUUCAUGGAUGCUCCGCCCAUGGAAACUCUCAUCACAGCCAUGGAGCAACUGUACACUCUGGGAGCAUUGGAUGAUGAAGGCUUGCUUACACGCCUCGGUCGCAGAAUGGCUGAGUUUCCUUUGGAGCCCAUGCUUUGUAAGAUGUUGAUUAUGUCCGUCCAUCUUGGCUGCAGUGAAGAGAUGCUGACCAUUGUGUCAAUGCUCUCAGUACAGAAUGUUUUCUACAGACCAAAGGACAAACAAGCUCUGGCAGACCAGAAGAAGGCUAAGUUUCACCAGCCCGAGGGGGACCACCUGACUUUGUUGGCUGUUUACAACUCCUGGAAGAACAACAAGUUUUCCAACCCCUGGUGCUAUGAAAACUUCAUCCAGGCGCGAUCUCUCAGGCGUGCACAGGAUAUCCGCAAACAGAUGCUGGGCAUCAUGGACAGACACAAAUUGGACGUGGUAUCAUGCGGUAAAGCCACAGUACGUGUACAGAAGGCCAUCUGCAGUGGUUUCUUCCGAAACGCAGCCAAAAAGGACCCUCAAGAAGGUUACAGGACCCUCAUAGACCAGCAGGUGGUCUACAUCCACCCCUCGAGCGCAUUGUUCAAUCGCCAACCAGAAUGGGUGGUGUAUCAUGAGCUUGUGCUGACCACUAAGGAGUACAUGAGGGAGGUGACCACCAUCGACCCGAGGUGGCUUGUAGAAUUUGCUCCAGCUUUCUUCAAAGUCUCUGAUCCCACACGCCUCAGCAAACAGAAGAAACAGCAGCGGUUGGAGCCCCUUUACAACCGCUACGAGGAACCAAAUGCUUGGAGAAUAUCCAGAGCCUUCAGGCGACGCUAGAACUUUCACACAAGGUCCUCAAAGACUGCGAAUGUCCCAUACUGCUGCUGAGCAAAAGGUUGAGUUUGUGGUGUUGGCAGAGUGGAGGAUUACAUGGACGGAGACUAAACAUGUGUAGAAAAAAGAAAAAAACCCAAGGUGCCCUAUUUUUUUUUUUUUUAAAAGAUAAUAUCCAGUAUGUGAACAGCAUGUUUGAAUUUAAUCGAUGUUCCCUCAAAAAUUAAAGCAGGUGUAAUUUUCUGUUUAGUUUCCAUGUUACCAUUUAAUUUUUUUAUUGUCAUUUUGGAUAUGGAUGUCAGCAAUUUGUAUUUAAACUAUCCCUAACUUUGUAUUAAAGAAGCAAAAACCUAAGACAUCAAAAUAUGAGAUUAUAUUAUCUCUGCUGUGAAGACCUGUAUCAGAUGCCAAAUCCAGUUAUUUUGAUUUUUUUUUUUUUUUUCUUAACAAGCCAUCCCUUUAACAUAACAAAUCAGUUAUUUGCAUUUGUAUAGCACAACUCCUUUCCCAGAUUCUCCGGAACAGCCCAUGUGUUGUAGAAUGUGUGGACAGCACAUCCGUCUGGUCAGUAGAUGUUGAUCACUGUGCUGAGAGGGAAAGGGUUUUCAUUAAUUCAGUUAGUUCCUCUGUGGUGGUCUGGUCAUGUAUAAUUGAACAGGAUGUUAAGUCACUUUCACUAUCAUACACAGAUCUCAUCCUUAUUUGGGACCUCUCUUCUGUUUUAAUGUUUAAAUUACCAACUCCGAACAGGAUCAGUGCAUUGGACCACAGUGAAGAUUUUGUAUUAUAGCUCUUUUAUUAGAGGAAGUGAUGGGGGAUGGAAAUGUCCUAAAGUUUUUGAUAUUGUUACAGCUUAUGUUCUGUCAUAUCUUUCAGUCAUUUUGAUGUAAACUUAAAUUAAAAUUUAAAUCUUACUUUUAAAAAGUA